AUGCCUCCAGCACCUCGUCGCCUGGUGCGGCAGCGCCCGCUAUCCGAGCGGAUACAAGCUUUUCUCAACCCAAUAGACUUUUAUAUCUGGUUAUCCGAAGAAAUCCAAAGCUUCGAUUGGGACUCGACAAGUUUCGGUACCUGGUUCGGUCUGGUUGCGAACUUCCUUUUCCUACUCGCGAGAGCGAACGGAAACAUUGGUGGAGGAGUUGUCGACGAUGAUGUCUUUUCGGAUGCCCCUUCCAGUGGCUUUACGAAGGCAUUGGUUAACUUCCUCAUCUGGACACUGAUCCCCAUCUCUGGCCUCAAUGCCUUCUACACCAUGACGCGAUCGCGUCACUACCGAUUAUUCGAAGCGAACGUCGAAACUCAAGGCCCGUCAACGCCCUCUGCGCACCGCGUCCGAGUCGAUUCUUCGCCGUCCACACCAACGCCCCUUCGAUACAUCCAAAACUUUGCGAAAGGCGAAUCCGCCGAGGCGCGCGCUCACCCCGACAAGACACGCGAUGUAUGGGAAGUGGCUGUCUGGGACCCGUAUCCGGCAACGCUGCGUAUCUUCUGUCUCUUUAGCCCCGGCCACGCCCUUAUCUACAUGCUCUUCCUCCCUAUGACGGCCCUCGACCCGUGCCCGAGCGUGACCGUCUUCAAAGCUCUUGUCCUCCAGCUCCUCCUCACGGCCCAAAUGCUUCUCCUGAACUCCCGCUUCACCCAGCAGUCCAAGGACAUGAACAUCAUCCACCGCGAAGUCAUGCACGAAUACGACAUCAAGUACGUGCACCCGCGCGUCUAUCCGAUCUACCGCGAGGUAGCGACGCAGGUGUCGAUAGUCGACGACGUUUUGGAGGAAGAAUCGGUAGCUAUCGGCACCCCUUCGACCAUCAUCCGCCGCGGCUUCGAAACGCACCCGAACCCGAACUACACCAAGCACUUUGACCCCGACGGCGUCCUCAAGCAGAGAGAACAAACCGACGCUUCGACGCCCGCACGACCCUACACACCCCAACCCAUCCCCGGCAGACCUAGUUUCGGAUCAGUAGCGCCUUCCUCAGCCAGUACCACCACCACUCGCACCCCGACCCUCAUCCGUCAAAGUAGCUACGGCACCACCUACGGCACCCCAUCCUCGACCGUCGCCCGCCCAUCAACUAGCAAACGCCAGGUCGCCCACGCCGGCACCACCCCAUAUCCUGGAGUCAGAGCAGGUGGCGGCAGCCUAGGCGUCUACCAGCACAUGAACUCCCCCCUCAAAAAGCGAGCAACAGCAAGCACAGGCACCGACGCGCCUUCACCCCGCAACGGCCGCGAGAUGGCAGCUUUGGAACAGCGGGAUCUAGCGGACAGGUUAAUCAGACAGCAUAGCCCGGUGAAGCCGAGUCCGUUGAAGACUGAGAUUUAUUCCGCCGCCGGUAGUGGGACGCCGCCCAGGAAGUCAUCGGUGGCUUCGAGCCUAAGGGAUGAGGACGGGGAUGUGGAUAUGGAUAGGAGGGAUAGUGCUAGUAGUAUGGAUGGUGGUAGCUCGUAUGUGCAGCCGCAUUCGCCGGCUACGUUGAAUAAUGCUAGAGCGAAUAGGUGGGCGCAUGAGAGGUUUCCUACUAGGAGGUAG